UUUGAACUCUUUUUUUCUUUUACCUAAUUUAGACUAUUUAGGGAAAGUUGAUCACUGUUGUUUCGUCGUUGCCUAGAAACACAGACGCCAAGAACAACCUUCAUUACAAACAAGCGUUGCCGCUUGAGUACUUGUUUAUAUUAACAGACAAAACUACGAAAAAAAGAGUCACAAUCACAGUGGAAUGGAAAAGAUAUUUGUCGACAAACACGCAACCAAUGCAUUGGAGGUCUAUUUAGAAUAUAGAAGGAUUGUUGGGGAAGAUGAUGGAGGGAGGCUGUUUUCAGAGGAAGAGUACAAGAAAUACAAAGAGACAGUGGUGCCAAGAAGAAUACAGAACCGCCUUUAUGUCAGUUUUGGCGUCCUGGGACAGAUAGACUGCAAACUCAUUGGACCAGAGACACCUUGCUUCUGUACACACAGGUAUAAACAACAUUGCACAGACUUUGAGGUGUUGCCAGAGGAAAGGCCUAUACUCUUGACCUGUAGGGUCAAAGGUUGUCAGUGUGUAUCUUAUAAAUACAUUCAUAUCAAUGGUUCUAAGUCAGUACGCUGCCAAUGCAAACACACAACCACUGAGCACAGUGAAACUAUAGGGCACCAGUGCAAGAAAUGCACUCACUGCACUGGCUAUCGAAGUCCAUUUACCUGCGGAUGUGGUCAGCCUGGAUAUGCCCAUGUGAUGCUGGUUGAAACCAGGGAAGAGCGCAUGGCACGGGGUCAUCCGGUGGGCAGAGCUGCUCCUUAUGCGGCUAUGGGAGGCUUAACUGGGUUCAGCUCACUGGAGGACGGCUACCUGAGACUGGAUCCAAGUGGCAUAGGCAAUACAUGUGAACAGCACACACAAUAGGCUACGUGUCUCCUAACAGUUGUGCCACAACAAACAUAAUGUUAGCAUUAGGUUAGCACACACCGUUAGAGUCAACAUUACCAUUAUUUAAGUAUA